UACACCUCAGUGAAAGUCAGACAAACCCUGAGAAAUACAUCAGAUGCACAAGUGUUACUUGGUAAUGCAUGUUCUGUCAUUUGUUCAUCAUGGCCCAUACAUCUAUGCAGACGUCUAAGAUUCUUCACUCUCUGGCCUCCAGAAAAGAUCAAGAUAAUGACUCCAACAGUUCCUCAAAGUUUGUGAGCUGUGACCUCUGCCUGGGCUGCAGCAUAUGUUCAUCCUCAGAUGAGGAUGAUAUAUAUGGCAUUCCCUUCUCAGUAAAAACCAGCAGAGCUGAAUUUGAAGCCAACUACAUUGAGAUUUACAAGAUUGCUAGAGGUGGUUUUGGAGCCGUAUAUGCAGGCUACCGAAUGAAAGACGUUGCAUCAGUUGCUAUCAAACAUAUUCCAAAAGAAAAGGUCCACUACAGUGAAGUGGUUAAGAAUGGAAAGGUGUAUAAGGUCAUUGCUGAAGUCGCCCUCAUGAUGAAAGCAGCAGGUGGAGCUGAAUCACUUGGGAGAUCUGCAGCCAUCUCCCUACUUGACUGUUAUGAUCUGGAGGAGGAGCUUCUCCUGAUUACGGAAAGACCAGUCCUCUCCAUGGAUCUCCACAGGUAUCACAAGGCCAAAAGAGGCUUCCUGCCGGAAGAUGAGGCCAAGACCAUCCUAAGGCAGAUGGUGGAUGCAGCCAUUGAGAUGCACACAAAUGGAGUCUUCCACAGGGACAUCAAGUUAAAAAACACCCUCAUUGAAACUGGAUCACAUGUCCCACGUGCUCGUGUGAUUGAUUUUGGCUGUGGUUGCCUCGUGAUAAAGGGAUAUUACUAUCACUACUCUGGUACCUUAUCAAAAGCCCCUCCAGAAUGGUUCAUGUUCAAAAGAUACGAAGCCAGUCCCACAACAGUGUGGCAGCAGGGAGCACUGUUGUACAACCUGCUGGAUCAUGAUUAUUCCUUUAAAACAAGUCGUUACCUUGAAAGAGGGAUCAAAAUCAACUUGAAUCUGUCCAUAGACUGCCUAGAAUUCUUGCAGAUGUGUCUGGUCAGAAACCCUGACAGGCGUCCCAGCUUAGAGCAGCUACAGCUCCAUCCCUGGCUGAGAUAUAAUCCAUGCCACACCACCUGCUCAUUUGCCAAAUGUGGCCUAGGUAUUAUCCAGGAAGAAGAACUGGAGGGAACUCAAACAAGUCCAAAUCAAUAAAAUGGUUUGAUGAAU